GUGUAUAGUAGAUUGUGAUUGGAAUAGUCGGGAGUUAAAAAGAGAAGGAGAGGGUGUCCCAAUUAUUAAGAAGGACGGAUAAGACAUAAGGAGAGAGCGUAUCAAUAGAAUUGGAAGAAGCAUCGAGUAGGUUGUGACUUGUGAGCGAAAAUGAACGACGCAGAUGUCUCCAAGCAAAUCCAGCAGAUGGUCCGCUUCAUCCGUCAGGAAGCUGAGGAGAAAGCCAACGAGAUCUCUGUCUCCGCCGAAGAAGAAUUCAACAUCGAGAAGCUGCAGUUAGUUGAAGCAGAGAAGAAGAAGAUCAGGCAAGAGUACGAGCGCAAACAGAAGCAAGUCGAAGUUCGCAAGAAGAUUGAGUACUCAAUGCAGCUGAAUGCUUCUCGGAUCAAAGUUCUUCAAGCUCAAGAUGAUGUGGUUAGUUCCAUGAAAGAUGCUGCAUCCAAGGAGCUUUUAAGUGUGAGUCGCAAUCAUCAUGAGUAUAGAAACCUUCUGAAAGAACUCAUUGUUCAGAGUUUGCUACGGCUGAAAGAACCUUCUGUCUUAUUGAGAUGUCGGAAAGAAGAUGAGCACUUGGUGGAGAAUGUACUGGACUCAGCUGCACAGGAGUAUGCUGACAAAGCAAAAGUUCAUCCACCUGAGAUCAUUGUUGACAACCAGGUGUAUCUUCCACCUGCACCCAGCCAUCACAAUGCCCAUGAACCUUAUUGCUCUGGUGGGGUGGUGUUAGCUUCUCGAGAUGGAAAGAUUGUGUGUGAAAAUACACUUGAUGCACGACUGGAUGUGGUAUUCCGCAAGAAGCUUCCUGAGAUCCGAAAGCUACUCUUUGGACAAGUUGCUGCUUGAAGACUUUGGUUGUUUUGUUUCGUUGCUCCUGAAUAUAUAUAUAUAAUCUGCCGUUCUGGAUUGAGAUUGUCUUCGACAUUAGUAUCUACCGUGCCAUUGCUUCUUCUGCAAACUUAUUAUUGUUAUUGUUAAUCUUUUAAAUAAAAUCUUUCUUUGACCA